AUGGGAGCAGUUCUCAGUUUCCUUGCCUUGCCGGCGCUAGGCGGGAUCGGAUCGAUUCUCGCCUCAUGCUUCUCUGCCGCCGCAUGCUCCCUCGCCUGUCGCUCAUGCAACUGCAACAACUCCAUAGCCACCCGUGUCGGGUACGCUCUCAUCAUGUUGGUGAAUUCACUGUUGGCAUGGGUACUACUAUCGGAUUGGGCGUCCAAACAGCUGGAAAGCGCCACUCACGGAUACCUUCAACUCAACUGUAAAGAUGCCUCCUGCUACGGAAACCUUGGCGUGCAAAGAAUCGGGUUUGCAUUGGCAUUGUUCCAUUUUAUUCUGGGGGCGUUGUUGAUUGGAGUGAACGACUCUCGUUCGAAACGUGCUGCUAUCCAAAACGGAUGGUGGGGUCCAAAGGUGAUAGUCUGGAUUGCACUGGUGGUCGCUUCAUUCUUCAUCCCCACAGGAUUCAUCAUGUCCUACGGCAACUACACAGCCUUGAUCGGUGCAGGCAUCUUCAUCCUCUUUGGACUCAUCCUCCUGGUCGACUUUGCACACACCUGGUCCGAGAGCUGUAUUAGCAAAUGGGAGCAAUCCGACACCAACAAGUGGCAGUUCAUCCUCAUUGGGUCCACCAGUAUCAUGUACCUCGGCGCUAUUAUUCUGACAGGGAUUAUGUAUGGAUAUUUUGCAGGCAGUGGAUGCGGGAUGAACAUCUUUUGGAUCACUUUUAAUAUGAUCUUGGCUAUUGCGGUCACAGUCAUUGGGAUCAUGCCCUCCGUCCAGGAGGCCAACCCACGGUCUGGGCUGGCACAGUCGUCGAUGGUGGUUAUAUACUGCGCGUACUUGAUCCUGAGUGCGGUUGCCAACGAGCCGGAUGAGGGAACCAACUGUAACCCGUUGAGUAAGGCUCGUGGUACCAGGACGACGACGGUCUUGAUGGGCGCAAUUUUUACUUUCCUCGCAGUUGCGUAUUCUACAUCGAGGGCUGCUACACAGGGAGGCAAGGCCACGUUGCAGAAUGGAGAGUAUUCGGCACUGCAUUCUUCAGAGAACGAUGUCCCUCUUGUCAGUAGUGCUCCUGGUACCACGUCCAUGCGUCGCUCUGAUGCCCUCCUUGCUGCUGUUGAGAGCGGAGCACUGCCAGUAUCAGCACUAGACGACGACGAUGACGACGAUGAUGACACCAACUACGACACAAAGGACGACGAGAAGAACGGGGUUCAGUACAACUACACCUUCUUCCACCUCGUCUUUGCCCUCGCCGCCAUGUACAUCUCUAUGGUCCUCACCAAUUGGAACACUUACAAGCAGCCGGAAGGGGAAGAACAUUUGAUCUUGAUUGGACAGAGUUGGCCAGCGGUCUGGGUUAAGGUCGUGUCUAGUUGGAUCUGUUAUGGACUUUAUGGGUUCUCGCUGUUGGCUCCCGUUAUUUUCCCGGAUCGAUUUGCUGAGUAUUAG